AUGAAAGGCUUUUCUGAGCUUUCUUCAGGAAAUACAAUUUUAUUUUAUCUUUGCUUUGUUGUGAUUUUCCAUAUCAUUGGUGCUGUCGUAAUUGGAGAUACGAAGUAUCUUCAUCAUUGGUAUUCAUUGUAA